UUUUUGUAUUGUUCUUUAUAUUCAUAUUCAUAUAAAAUUAAUUAGUUGUUCCAUUAAUUAUCAUUAUCAUGCAUUGAUGAUAACAUUCAACAUUUAUGAUAAGUUUGAAACCAAUUAUGAAUAGCGUUCACUCGAGCGGCGUGUGCUCACUGUAAACUUACAGUCAUAUACUUGUUCGUUUUUGUCAUCUUUCAGUGAGGAAUGAAUAACUUACUCGCAGGCCGCAGCGCACUAGGCAAUUGUACCCGCACAUUACUAUUUCGUAGCAUUAGUUUUCUCAUUAAUUUUUUCGGGUGACUUGUUGAUUGUUCUCAAGAAUUAUCAGCGAAUAAACGUUUUACUAUAAUUGUGAGUAAUAUAAACUAAGUUCGAGUACGUGUAUUUACGUAUUUAAGUAAAAAAAAUGAUACAAACCGAAGGGAAAACGCGGUCGGAAUUAAGGGCUGAGAGGAGGUUAAAACAAGAAGCACAGCGUGCUGCAAAAAAACAAAUUAAUGAAAAUAAAAAAGUGUUGAAAUCUCAAGAUGAUAAAGUGUCAACUGCUCCAGCUAAUCCUGUGCGUGUCCGUCCCCAAUGUAAAAAAACAAACAAUACUAAAGAUAGUGUCUGUGAAGUGAAAUUAUUCAAACAUUUAUACUCUUAUAGCAAAAACUCGUCAAUUAUUUUGAAUCCAAAAAAUUUUAACGUUCAUCCUUCAAUAUUAAAAUUAGGAAUUAAGUAUGCUAAUAAAAUUAUAGUUGGAACCAAUUCCAGAUGUCUUGCUUAUUUAAAUGCUAUCAAAGACUUGAUUAAUGAUUAUACAAAACCAACGAAUGUUGAUUUUACCAGAGGGCUUAAGAAUAGUAUUCAAGAAGCACUAAGUUAUCUGGAUGCAUGUCGUCCAAGUUCAGCAAACAUGUUGUUAGCUUCUACAGCACAUCUUGAAGGUCGAAUAUCUCAACUUCCACUCACUAUGACUGAUGAUGAAGUAAAAAGGAAAUUAACCAACAUUAUUGACGAUUACAUGGAAGAACAAAUAUUAUUGGCAGAUAGAGCAAUAUCUAAUUCCAUUAAUAAAAAAAUCAUGUAUCAAGAUACUCUGGUAGUGUAUGGAUUUUCGUCGCUGAUCUAUUCAAUUUUACUUGAUGCUCACAAAACAGGAAAAAAUUUGAAAAUUAUAGUUGUUGACGGACAUCCUUGGUUAGAAGGUAGAGAACUUUUAAGACGUUUGUCUAAGCAUGGCAUUGACUGUUCCUACAUGAUGAUGAAUGCUUUGAGUUUUGUUAUGCCACAGGUUAAUAAAGUCUUGUUAGGAGCCCAUGCAAUUUUGGCUAAUGGUUCUGUAAUGGCCAGAGUCGGAACAUCUCAAAUUGCUUUGACAGCAAAGGCUUUUAGUGUCCCUGUUCUCGUUGUCUGUGGAGCUCAUAAAUCAUGUGAAAGGGUUCAAACGGAUUCUUUCGUUUAUAAUGAAAUAGGAGAUCCCGAUUUCUUACUUGAAAAUUCUUUAUUUUGCAUAAGAAAGAGAGGCAUUGUCAAUUGGAAAUCGAAAAAAUCUCUCAGUUUAUUGAAUAUAACAUACGAUGUUACACCAGCCAAUCUAGUCAAUGCUGUUAUAACAGAAUUGGCGGUAUUACAUGGUACUAGUAUACCAGUUAUUCUCCGAUUAAAGCCAUCUGAAAUAUAAUUUUUUAUUAUUAGAAAGUAUUGUUAAUUUUUGAUUGAAAAUAAAGAAAUGAUUAUGAUC